ACACGCACACAAAGACUAGGGCGUACUUGUUCGUUUCGUCUUCCAGCCGUCAAGAAGUUUUCCUUGUUCUUUUUUGCCCUCUCCUGGUUUCACAGUUCACGGUCUCUAUCUAUAUGCUACAAGACUCCUCCCUUUUCCCCUUCCUACCCGUGUUUCUUCUUAGCCUUUUCGCCCCCCCAUUACUAUCUCCCCUUUUCACCCUUGUCCAUUCUUUGCGCACCCGCCCCCGCACCCACAUUUUUCCUCCUCGCCGCUUCUUCAUCUUGGACCCUACCUAUCACCUACCCGCCCGCUCAGCGCGCCUUUGAUAUCUCUCUCUCCCGUGUUCUUCCCUGGCUUGUAUUCCCCUCAACCCUGACCCCCACCCCCACUACCAGUGGGGUUGCAAUCUCAUCUUUGCAUUGCCCCCCGCCUUUGCCCGAUUUGAGCUACUUGUCGU